AUGCCUUCGACAACAACUGCAGUCCGUAGUCGCCCCAGGACAAAUGGCGCCCCCGAUCAUACGGAUUUCCUCAGGCGCGUUGCCAGCAAGGAAGCGGACAGCAGAGUUACCAAGCGACCGGCACCGCUCUCGGCCAGGCAGCAUGCCGCACACCGAAAACAAUUAAAACAAGUUCAGUACAUCAAGCCAAAGUACGCAAUCGAGACCGAGAUCAAUGUGACCGGCAUUUUUGGGAAAUGGAAGCGGUACUGCACUGAAAUGGCAGUGGGGGACUGGAAACUCACGAUCGAGAGCCUGGACCGCGAGACGUUGAUGGACUUCUUUCUCUUCGUCUGUGAGAAUUACAGAAUCAAAUCUCGAGGUUCGUCACAGGAGUAUAUUCGUCAAUUUUCGCAACUCCACACCACCAGCACCGGCCGUUACGUCGACCGAAAUCACAUGAAGGAGCUUUACAAGGAGAGUUUACUUAUAUGCAGCCAGUACCAUGAUCGCGUAUUAGUUCCUCGGUUUGGCCUGCGACCGCCCAACAUCGAUGGAAAGCCGGUUUUGAACGUUGACUCACUGCGCGUCAUCUUGGUCUACAAUAUAGCAUACGACACCAGCAUCUUUCCGCUCGAGCUACAUCGUCUCAACCUGUCCAACUGCUACCAGAUUCUCUGCUAUACUGGGGCACGGCCGGCGGAGCUGGUGGAUAACGAGAGGAAGAAACCGAAAGAUGGCUCGCUUGAGGAGCUUUUUGGUACAAAAGCAGUCAUGUCGGCGGAGCGCCCUGGUGGUGAGGUGGAAGAGGAAGAGGACGAGGACGAAGACGACUCCAGCGAGGUUGGCAAGCUUCUCCUGCGAGAGACGAUCGGGCGUGAUCGUCCAAAGGCGCUCUGCUACGAGGACAUCCUCCUGAUGAUUGUUCGCCACCCUGUGACAGGGCGGGCUGUCCCGGCCAUGUCUAUCAAGUUCGUCCAUCACAAAGGAUGCGAUAACAAGCCCAAACCGACUAUCUUCUUUUUCACGGCUUCCAAGACGCUGCUCUUCUGUCCCCUUCUGUUGAUGAUCUCCCUUGCGAUACUUGACGACGCUUUCGAGGCAGAUUGCUUGAUAGAUGCAAGAUCUGUGCUUGGGGUGCAAGUCCCGCGUGGGAUGAAAUGUCUGCCACUACGGUGGAAGGAAUCCAAGCUUAAAAUUCCCGUCUUCCGUCAUAUACACCGUGGCACCGUGUCUCGAGACGUGGCCAUGUCGUAUGACAAGCUCAGACACGACAUGGGCAAUCAGAGCCUCAAUGCGGGGUUUGAGAAGAGAUGGACCCUUAGAUUUGCCCGAAGAGGUGCUGCGAACGCUGCGAAUGGAAACGCGCCAGAUCCUGUCCGCGAUCAGAUGAUGCGUCAUAACCCGGAAUUUUACACGUUUCAAGAUGCAUACCUCAACCAGAUUGCCAAUUUCGAUCUCCAGAACGCUUUCUUAGAGGAAGAGACCGAGGACCAAUUGUUCCGCCUGUUUGCGCAUGUCAGCCUGACUCGAGAUCCUCGUGCUAAAAAAGACAUGGUGCCCGACGAGGUCUGGGCAAAUCUGGAGCCGGAUCCCGACAUUGUGACACUAGAGACGGAGCGAGAAAAACUGAAGAGCGGCCAAUAUCGAAUCCAAGGGAAUAAGAACGAGGCCAAGAUACGAGAGCUCACGAAUCAGAUCAGAACCAAACGGGCUCAACGCGAGGACCGGAUAGUGAAGGAGUACCGUGAAUACUACUUUUACAAUCGUCCAACCUGGGAUCUCGAGAGACAAGCCAGAGGAGAGGAUAUGGAGGAAUAUGCAGAGCCGGCCAUCGACCUCGUUAUUCCCGAGCGCACCCAGCUCGCCAAGCUUCUCUGUUACCAGCCUAAAAAGCUGAGCGACGAAGAGAUGCUUCAGCGAAGAAUCGAGGCCGUCGACCUAUACGUGGCCUUGGGUGGCAAGAGAGAGACAGUCAAGCGCAACCGCACCAGGCCAAGAUCACAAAUCGAGUUACCCAUAAGAACCGGUCCUACGAAGGUCAAAACCGCACUGAAGCCCGAGCCUGAGCCCGAACUUGAGCCCGAACUCGACCCCUUUCCCCUGCUGAUGCAACCAACCCAGUGCCCUGAUUGCAUUGGCGACGCAGCCCAGACAAUCUACGAGCGGACUUUCAGCUAUUGCCGUUCCACCAAGAGAAAUGACCACUUUGACGACCAUCAUCUGGACGGGAAAGAGCGUGCUGAACAGCAGGGCGAGCCUAUCGCCUGCAAACAUCCCAAAUGCUCGGAAGUCAAGUUACGGAGUGUAUAUGCAUUCAGGAAUCAUGUCCAAUCUAUCCACGGCGUCGCGCUGCGGUCAUCAGCACAGGUACAGAAGAUGCGGACACGAAAGGUUGAGCUUAAGCGGGUACGACGUACUGGCUGA